AUAUCAAAGACUUCUAACUGAACAAAGACUUCCAAUUCCAUCAAUUCAACCAAUCCACCUUCCAAUCAAACCUCUACCAUGAAGACCUCUACCCUCUUUUUAUCUACGCUCGUCAUCUUCGCCGGCCUAUUGUCAAAUGCGCUGGCAGUGACGUGGUCCUCGAAUUUUGCUCAAGCAGACAUCAACACAUUGACCCCUCUCCUGAAGAACAUGCAAACUUAUCUAUCAUCCGAAAAAGUGGUUGCAUUUGGUGAAACAACAGUGAUUUACACUAAGCAAGACUUCAUAGAUGCCUUUGCAAGCUACAAAGAAUUUGGUAAACUGAGCUUCAACUUUAAGUCAGCCAAACUUCUUAGCGCUCGUUCCGCUUCUUCAUAUCAAAUGACUGUGGACGGAGGCAUCAGCACAUCCUUUGGAAUUCCGAUCACUUUCAAUGCCAACAUCAUCUUCACGGGUGCACAUCCAGUAGCUGGUGAGGUUAAGUCUGCGAUCUUCACCAUCAAUAUUGGAUGAUGAUUUUCUUCGCUUUAUGUACUGUUUUGUAACUUUAUCUCUGUCUGUCUUUGUUAAUUCUUUCAUAUUUUAUGGACCUUUUGCUUCAUUUUGCAUUUUUCAUCAGAUUUGUCACAAUUAUUUAUUCCUGAAUACGGACGAUGCUUAUUGAUUGUCAGCUUCAUAUCCUGUUUGCAGCAAAGACUCAUACAUUGAUUUCUCUAUAUAAACAAUUCUCAUUUAUUGUCCUGAUCAUGAUCUUUUUGAAAGGAAAGACAGAUCAAUCUAUACACUAGCAGCACCUUAACACAUACCACUUUAGCAUCAAUUGGAAGAUCAUAAUUCUACAAGCUUUGAUUUUGAGGG